CCGAUAACAGCCUCCAAGUCUGCCUGAUUUAUUGGGACGAAUUUGUGGUGUUAAGUUUCAGGCGAAAUGAGAUUUUUCUGAAACGCUACAGGACUUUUAUUUUGGCGGUUCUGCUAAGACUAAACACCCAGCUCCCUGCGCUCAUGUGCUCACUUCACUCUCAGGCACAGUACCAUCGCAGUGCUCCUACUGCCGGGUGAGAACAAACACUAUGGGGGCCAUCAUUUCACGGUGGAAGGCAAAGACUUCCACAGUGGAACGUCUGGAGGAGUUGGAUAAGGAAAUUAAGGACCUUGAGGAGUUCCGUGCGAAGAACCAGCGUCUGCAGAAGUUAUGGGUGGGCCGCCUGCUCUUCUACUCUGCUACCCUCUACCUGCUCACCUGUGUGGUUGUCUAUUACCUUUAUCUGCCUGAGCAGUGGAGUGCCCGGCUCAUCACUGCGCUGCCUCUGAUCGCCUUCCCUGCACUGGUGUGGUUUGUACGCAAGCUGCUUAUCUUCCUGUUUUCGAAACGCACAGAAAGAAACAAUGAAAAGUUAGAGGAUUUAAAGUCAGAGAAAAGAAAAAUCCUUGAAGAGGUGAUGGAAACAGAGACCUACAAAAAUGCAAAAUUAAUCCUGGAAAGAUUUGACCCUGAAGCAAAGAAGAAAGUGGAAACAGAAGCUACUCCUGUCCGACCUAUUAUGACUCCCAGGCCAGGACAAGAUCUACGACAACGUCAUGUUGCCAUGGCUACUCCGGGGCCCCGCCCUAUGGCCCCUGGAGCCACACCUCUUCGUGCAGCACCUGGGGGCCCUCCUGAGAAGGGCCUCGCUGCUUCAGCAACCAGCCCGGCAAUGGCCAGCGCCAUGGACUCACCACCACAAAUGAGCAGGCACAUCAGCCCGUAUUCGCCAGCACCUGGAACAGGCAUGUACCCCCCAGGUCCUCCACUGGCUCGCCCCAUCCUCCCCCGAGAACGCAGUGCAGUGGACAGGGUCAUAGAGUACCUGGUGGGAGACGGACCUCAGAACAGAUAUGCUCUGAUCUGUCAGCAGUGUUUCUCUCACAAUGGCAUGGCCCUGAAGGAGGAGUUUGAAUAUUUGUCCUUUCGAUGUGGGUAUUGCUACUUCAUGAACCCGGCGAGGAAGACACGGCCCCAAGCUCCCAGGCUCCCAGAGUUUAGCUUUGAGCGCCGCCUUCGCUCAGAGUCUCCUGACCCACAGUCCUCAGCAGCCACAGACACGCCAGAGGACAGCGAUGCCCAUGAAGAAGGUUUAGUGUCAAGGCGUCGCUCCCACUCCGCAGGUGCUACACCAUGGAGCAAAGUUCACAGUUUCAGGAGAAAUCACGCAGAUGAUACGGAGCCUGCAACCACUGCUGACCAGCAGGAGACAGGCUCUGACAAAGCUUCGCCCACUGAUGAAGGAGUGGAGGAUACGCACCACUCCCAGCGUAGCCCCUCCCCCUCUGAGGAUUCCCAGCUGGAUAAUGAAGCGGAGAGUGCUCAGAGGAGAGAGCAGAAGGAGGAGGCGGAGUCAAACUGAGUUCUCUGUUCACUUGGUGCUCGAACAUGUUGUUUUAAAUCUUUUGCUAGUUGCUCAAAAUGCUAUAUUUUAAAUUUUUUGCAGGUUCAUUUAAUUUAUUGCCAAGUUUGUAUUCUGCUGAAUUGAGUUUGCACUAUUUGUUUUUGCCAAGUUUUGUUUCCAGUUUUGCUUGUUCCUGUGUAAAUGCAAAGAUAACUCGAUCUGAGACACUCAUUAGAGCUCUGCCAACCACGGUGUAAAGUUGUGCAUCACAUGUAAUGUUGUUUAACUAGCCAAUAAUAAGUGUAGCUUUAAAGGGUCUAAGAGGACAGACCAUUGACGUGAAUCAGUCUCAGUCUCAGUCUCAGCUUGCAGCUCAUCGACUUGCUCAUUUAAGGGUAGAUGCUGGUAUUUUUUCAGCCUAUUUACCACAUCUGGAUUGUAUGUUUGAUUACCAUGGACAACAUUUAUGAUGUGUUUCUCUGUAUAUGGCACAAACAUACUUAGAAUAGGGUGGGCCUUGUCAAAUUUCUGGGUGACACUUCACUGUAGGGCAGUAUUCAUAAGGCUACAUGACAUCUAAAUAAGCCUUUCAUGACAACUAACCUAGACCUACAAAAACAUUUAUAAAGAUUUAUUACAUAGUAUCGUAGUUGACAUUUUAACAUAACAUUUUUUUCAGCCAUAGGCUCAUGUUUAGACACUUUUUGAGGUUAAAUGACAGACUUUGAAGCUCAAUGUAUAUCACAGUGACAUAAUGCUGAUAAUAUGACAUGGCAUACGGUGUCCCUUAGAUAAAGCAAGAUUCAUGUUACAAUUUAAAAGAUUUAAGCUACCUUUGGCAAUUCAUCAGCAUAGUGAUAUACUGUAAUAUACAUUAAGCUACAAAAUAGGGCAGGGCAAUAUGACAGUAUUUAUCGUCAUCAUGCUAAAUUACAUCACUAUUGUGGAUGUGGUCAGUACUUCCUAACUGCAUAUUUAAUUACAGAGAGCACAGUGAGACCUGCUUAAUUGGAUUUAGUGCAGUGCAAUGUGUGAAAUAUUGAACACAAAUCAAUGGAGUUUUGAUAGUAUUUUUAAAUGUAACAGUACUUUGUCUGAAUAAGUAAAUAGUAUGACAUAUCAUGUACUGUGAAAAUUUUAAGUUAUGGAAUAUAAAAUUUUUGCCGUAUCACCCAUCAUUAAUACAAAGUCAUUAUGUAAUUUCCUCCUGAAGUGUCAUUAUGGCACCUAAAGGACUUCACCUGACAGGUGUUAUGAUAGUUCGGCAUUAAAGUUGACAGAAACAGCUUUUAUCACAGACAAUGCUUAUUGGAAUAAGCCAUUAUAAAUGUUUAUGUAAAUUUAAGUCAUGUUGCGUUAUGAGCACUGCCCUACAAUAAAGUGUUGCCAGAUACCAUAAAGCUAAGGUAUUAAAUGUUAAUGAGUUUAUGAACGUGGUUUAUUAAAACUUGUGAAGGUAGUCAAUACAAUAACAUGCUUUCUUUGAAAUAGACUUCCACAAUUGGCUUUUUAAUAGAAACUGGGUAUCAUUUAGUGUUAUUUUGUUUACAGUUGUGUGCAACACUUUAAACAUAAGCUAUUUUGAUCAACUUUUCUUUUUGUAAGAGCAUGACGUAUUUUAGUAGGAGCGAGACAGUUUGUCAGUUGCACUAUUUUAUUUAAGUUUUAGACUUUUUUGUUGAUUUGUGUUACAAUUGUUUUUAAGUGUAACUUCCUGUGUGUGUUUUAAGCUGCUUGGUGCCUUUCUGGGAAACAAAUUAGCAUUACUGGGACUCAAAGCCCAGUUUUGUAUUACGAGAGGGUAUGACUACAAAGCCGGACUCAGUUAACAUGGCUGCAGCAGCAGAAACAUCUGAGAAACAGGAAAAGUAACAGUGCACCACACAAAAUGAGCAAUGUGUGUUUACUACACUCUCAGUGACUAAAUCAAAAUUUAGAUGUGGUGGUUUUUCAGCAGUUCAUGGUUAAGGUUAUCCGGCUUUGGCAGUUAAACCCCUUAAGCAAAUGUAUACACCACAUUAAUGAAAACUACAGAUGUAAUAACUUUUUACUUUGCUCCUGGGAAGUCCUCUUAGGUGAAUGUCUAUAAUAACUCUGGCUGACUCUGGUAGCUGAUAACAAAUGACUACAGAUGAUAAUUAUAGUAAUAAUUAAUUAUGAAUGAAUUCAUAUUAGUUAUUAUGGUACGGUCACACCAUUGUACCCUGUUCUCAGUCAGUUAAUACUGCAUAACCACUUUAUCUGCUAGACAACUGUUUCUGGUUUGUUCCGUCCGGCUGCACGCAGGCCUUCAGCUGGUGUCUCUCUGUGCAUGUCAGCUGUGUUUACACUAGGAUAGGUGUGUAUGUGCAUGGCACAUCCAAUAAAGGUUCUUUUUUCUAAAUCA